AUGACGUCUCAAACUUCCUUCUCACCCCAAGAGAAAGGUAAACAUGUCAUUCGUGACAAUACAAGGACGAGUCUGGACUCUCUUCCGUCAGAGAUUCUGGAUAUAAUUGGAUUCUACUGUGCCAUAUCCACACCAAAAAGGAAGGAAUGGAUUCAGCAUAUGGACAGCGUCGGACAAUCUUCGGUUCCUUCUUCCUCUUCACAGACAGAAUAUGCACAUGAACAACCGCCUGCCUUUGCCACUCCACCUGUUAAUCUACGAAACUUGGUGGUGACAAGUCGGAGAAAUCAUGCAAUUCUCAAUGCAGAUUCCAAUCCUAGAUUGUAUGCACGCGUAUUCAAAACAAAGUUUGAUGUGGAUGCGAUUUCAAGACGGUUUGGUCCGAUGGCAAUAAGCAGUGCGAGCCUGGCAAAAGAACUGCAACGGAGAUGCAUCUGUCUAAAACGGAUACGAAGAGCGGUUGCAUUUGGAAGGAUCAAAGAACAGGAAACAGGUGAAAAAGGUGAAGCAGAAAUCUUGGAAAAUUUAUGGAUAGCAUUUAUGAUGUUAACAGAAAAUGACGGACAAAAUAUUCAACAGUUACGUUGGGCUAGGAUAGAGGAAUACCUGAAAAUGUUUCGAACGCAAGAUUUGCUGGAAGAAGCGAUUCGAUCUGGCUAUCCACCCAAUACAACAACCAGGGCUUUGGCAUUGCAUUUGGAUUACAUGUUGAGCAGUCCGGCUAGAUUGGCGUCAGAGACUCGUGAUGAAAGUGACGAAAAGCUGUUUGUUUUACGGCCUUUCGUAUUUGCUGCACAUCGCUAUGACGCCUUUCUUGCUCCAUGGACAGUGCGGCAGUUACCGAUCCAGUCUUCAUCAACCUCGCCAAUCUCGCCUUCGCAGGCAGCAGCGUCCGACAAUCCUUUCAUCGCAGAUCUUACACCGAAAGAUGCUCUUCAUCGACUAGCAUAUUGCGGCAAAGAAAUUAGCAUUCGACCGCCGAACAUCACACAUGCAGCCUGCUGUUCCUUUUUCAUGAAAGUUGAACAUGAUCCUGGGGUGAGCGGUAUAAAUGCAGCAACGGAUCCGUAUGAAGGAAAGGCAAGAUCAGAGAUACGAAAAUUGACAACCCGUGAUCCACUCAAGUUACUAUCUUUUGAUUAUGACAAGGAUAUUGCUCGUUUGGUUGCGUGUACAUCACCGUAUCAUUCACCCGGCUUAAAUGCGGCUUCUCAUUUAGGAGACUUUGAAGGAUCAUGGGAAGGCAGAUUUACAUUCUUUGACUUUGACAGUUAUCGUGACAUGUUGGGCGGAAAAGUGAGAAGUCUUUAUGAAGGUCCGUUUGGAGAACAACCUCAAGUAUGGAAAUUAAAGGAACAUGUCGUCAAGGUGAAUUAUUCAGAACGAAUUGGAGGGAAAGGAAGUUUGAUGAAUGCAGGCUACUAUGAUGAUGAUCCGGAACCAUCUCAAGUGCAGACGAUCAGAAAACGAAGAGCAAGUUGGGAGAGUGAAGCACGAGAGCGGGCAUUGAAAGGCCUUCGCCAGGAUACAAACGAGAUCCCACAGCACAUCAUGGCUGAUUGGCACAACUACCCAUCUUUUGGUCAUGAUGAACCUGCAUCUUCAAGCGAUGAAAGUAUGGAAGAUAAGCAGAAUGACAAGUAUGAGAUCCUAAUUUCCGGAACGGGUCAUUCGGCUUGGGGAAGAUUUAUUUUACGCGGAAGGGUCAGAAGUUGGGAUGGAAUGGUUUCCAUUACAAAAGAGUACAGGCCUGACGGUAGAGGAAGAUGGCUGUACCGGGGAUAUGUGGUAGCAGGCAAUAAGCUUGUCGGCCGUUGGCGUGAUACUUUCACUCCCGAAGAUAUGAGUGGAUAUGAAGGAUGCUUCUUACUUCAUCGCCGCGGGGCAUAGAGCAAGAACAUCUUGUUUCUAGCAUGUAUUUUUACACUCAGAUCCAAUCAAACAAAGCUAAACAAAUAUUAUUGUCAUCUUCUGUG